GCCGUGGAGAUUACAAAAUUCUCCUUAUAAUGAAUGUUUUUAAUUAAUUUAUAUGCCUAUAUAAAAAUCUUUUCACAAUUCAACUUUACAAUCGCAAACUCCCUCAAACGUAAUGAAAUUAAUCUUUACAAAACUUUCUUUAUACAACCCUUGAACAUCAUACAAUAAAAAUUAUAAUGUAAAAUGUUACAUUGAUAAAUGUAUUGAUAAUUAUAUGGUAAUUGAAGAAAUAAUCUUGUUUCAUCAUUUGCAACUAUUUCUAUGCGCGUAAUGUAUAUUGCGCAAUAAAAGAUAGUAAAAGUUGCUAAAGAUAGAUGUAAUAGUAUAAGGUGUGAUAUUUACAUAGUAAUAAGGUUUUUAACAAUGAACGCUGAUAAUUUUGAAAAUAAUUUGAAUGUUUUGAACGAUCUUAUAAAUUUGCAAGUUCGUGACUAAGUUUGGGUUUUUAAAUGCGAACAGCGAAAAAUGUAAUUAAAGGCGCAAUACAACAUGACGGUUGUACAUACAUAACGAACGUGUUUGUGCAAAUGGUGUGAAUGCAACAUACAGUAUAUAGUGUUUGAUCGUUGACUGUCACGUAAAAAAGUUACAAUUAAAAAAAAAAGCAUCUCAGUUGAACCAAGUUGAACAGAUGCAUUUAAGAGGUAACUGUCUGUUAUUUAUUGAGGUUGACGAUAUUUGUCGUUCAACAUGGCGAUUUGAAUAAUAAGUGCACGUCGUUUUGUUGUUAUUGCGUUUACGAAGGAAAGAUUAUACAUAAUAUUCUUCUUGCAACAACACAAAGAAACAUGUUUAUGUUGAUCAUAGUACAUGUUGUGGAACUUCACAGUAAUUGAAGAAUUUUUGUUGUCAAGAACAUUAAAGAAUAAUAAAAUAUUCUUUUCUAUACACUUUAUGUACAAUUUUGACUGUUAUUUACAAUAAGUUAUAGUUAUUUAAAUAUCUGCAUCAAAUUCAUUUAACUAUGAAACUAUUAAAAUGUGUGUUAUAAUGGAUUUACAAAUUUCUAUAAAAUGUUUCCUUGUAUGGAAUGAUAAAAGAACUGUAAAGGAACUGUAGGCUCAAAUGUACUACCAUAAUUAAAGUGACAUUAUUAAGAGUGGGCAAUGAGUAAUAGUGGAUUCAGAGGAAGAGGGUUUGGGCUAAGGGGAGCUCGUUCAAAUGGUCCUGCCAAUAGCUUCAAUGGGCCCAGAUUUCCGCAUCCUGGAUUUAGUCAUCCACGACCACCGCGACCACCUGGACCUGAAAAAUGGAUGGAACGUCCCAGUUUCAUGUUAUGGCAACAAAAUAAAAAUUUUCUUUCGCAUCCACAAUAUAGAGGUAAUUUACAGUUUCGACCAAAUAAUAGAGGACGCGUAGCAAGUGGUCGUGGAAUAGUAAGAUUUUCUGGUCCGGGUAGACCACCAGCUCCUCAGUAUUGUGUGGGUUUUGUAAGAAAUCCUGCACCUAGAGCAUCAUUAUUACAAGAAGAGCAAGUAGAUGAUAAAUCUGCUGUAGUACCGCAUAUUCCUCUGCUUGGUUCUGAAGAAGAACGUCAGCAGAAGAUUACAGAAACAGCUGAUAAAUUAAAACAGAAAUUAUCCUCUAUAACAGAAGAAGAGCUUACAAAUUUUUGGGAAGAUGACUUAUCUGUUUUACAAAAUAAUGGUUCAGUAGAAGAAAAUACUCAAAACAAGGGUAUUCCUGAACUUAGACAUGAACCUCCAGAACUUAACUUGACAUUUACCGACUUCAAAGAUAUAGGUAGAGUUGAUUGCAAUAGUUCAAAACUUGAGAAUACAGAUGAUGAAAUUUUAAUUACUUUUGAAGAGAGACCUGCAGAUAAAGUGACAAAUGAUGAAAUUAUUGUUAUUGAUGAAAAUAAAGAAGAAUCUUUGAAUACCUCAAACUUAGUACAGGAUAAAGAUGUCUUGAAUCAAUCAAAUAUGUUAGAAAAUAGUGAAUAUCAUAAAGAAAUUGUUCAUGACUUGCCUAAUUCUGAAUGUAAUUUAGAAAAUUUAAAUGUACCGUGCAAUAAUGUUAUAGAAGAUUUAACAUGUUCAAAUUCAAAUGAUACAGAUGAAAAGUCAUCUGAUUUAAAAGAGAAUUUAAUAAAUUUGGCAUCCAUAAGAUUAACUGAUGAUUUAACAACAGAAAAAUCUUCAGAUUUCAGUAAGGUGAAAACAACAUCUAAAUCAGAAACACUUAUAAAUGAUCAAGAUGUGUUUCAAGUAGAUUUUUCAAAAAAAACUGAUUCAGCACCAAUAGACUCAAGGGAUACAACUGUUCAUCAAAUUGAUAAUGCAGAAACAAAGUUAGUAAACAGUGAGCAAAAUCAAAAUGAUGUACAAACUAUGGUAUCCCAAGAAGAAACUUGUCAAAAUUUGGUAAACAUAUCUGAUCAUUCUCAAAAAAGGUCAUUAAAUAUUCCACCUUCCAGUGAAGAAAUUCAUUUAGAUAAUGUCUGUCGCUCAAAAUCUUCAGUAUGUCCAAGUUACACUGAAGUAAAUAAGUUAAAUCAUGAUACAAGAUUGAAUAAUUCACCUGUUUUUCAACCAAGGGGCUUUAACAUACCUCCUAGGUUUGCUCCAAGAAUUCAAGGACCUAGAUGUCGUUGGACGUUUCAACAAAAUGGAAAAAAUUUAUUGUCUCAUGGAUCUCAAAGAUUACCUUUUCAUGGGAAUAGAAUGACUCCUCCGAGACAUGUUACACCGUUUCAGCCAAAUGAUUUGGUUCCAGUUAUGUUUGGUUCAAGAGCACCACCACCAUUUGCACCUGUUUCCAGCCAUGAUCAUCAACAGAAUGCACCAUUCUCUUCUAAAGAUUUGCCUCUUGCAUUUGAUCCAAGCGAACCUCCGCCAAAUAUAAGAUCAAAUUCAGUGAUCGAGGCAUCUAUUAUGCAACCACAUCCUAACUUUCAUCCAAGAGGACCACCUCCUAGAAUUUCAACUAAUGAACAGUUACCUGGAUUUAAUCCUCAACAUCCAGCAGCAAAAGUUCAUAAAAGAGAUGGAACUCUUCAGCCACCACCGAUUUUUGACCCACGACUUUCAUCACGGGAACGUUCGAAUUUAAUUACUCCAUUAGAUUCUUCAAGAUCAAAUGUAGUACCAGUAAAUUUAAUGGAAACAACACCAAUAUCGGAUUUUAAUAUAACAUCAAAUUUUCCUCAGUUACCUUCUAUGAAUAUACCUUCUCAUCAACCUUACAUUUCUAAUGUACAAACGAAUUUUCAACCUAUUGUACCACAAACAAAUAACGGACAAGUAAUGAUGAGAGAAUUUCCAUUACUUCCACCACCUAUAAAUAUUACCAACGUUCCACUACCUCUGCUAAAAGAACCUUCAUUGGAACAACCUUCUAGUUCCAGCCAAUGUAUAAAUAUGGAUGAUGGCUUGGAAGAUAUGCAAGAGGCAAUGGAAUUUGCAAAACAAGUCAUGAAUAUGUCAACGGAAGUAGAAAAUGAAAAUUUACCAUCAGUGUGUUCGAAAUCACCAUUAACACCAUCAGAAAUUCCUAUACCAAAUGAAGAUGUACCUAAUUCUUCAUCGUUAGAAGAAGAAUGUCCGCGUAUAUUAAAGAAGCAGAAAAAGAAAGAAAAUAGAAAUAAAAAAUGUAAACAAAAUAUAAUGUGUGGUCCAGAAUUAAAUAAUGAAAAACAAGAGGAUAUUAAAGCAAUGGAUGAAGAAGAUAUUCCACAAAAUCAAAAUAAAAAUAACGAUGGAACGUUAUUAACACAAGAUCAAAUUCGACCUAAAGUAGUAUUUAAUUUAAGUUCCAAAACAAAGAAAAUACAUAAAUCAGAAGAGUGGAAUAGAGCUCCUAUAAGUAAUCAACAAAAUAAGGAAACUUAUCAGCAAGGUGUAACUCAAAAAUGCAGUACAGAAAAGGUGAUGCCUAAAAAAUGUCUUGAAAAUGAAAGAAACAGUACAAUUCAAGAUGAGAAUCAGCAGAAAGGGGAUAAUGCUAAGGCAAACUUAGCAGAUUACAUACAAACCGAACAAUUAGAUAACACGCUUUGUCAUCAAGAUCAUACCAAAGAUUUGGAAAAAUCACAUCCACAUUACUCAAAUAAUUUGAAUACACAAAAGAAUCAAACGUCUAAAAAGGAGUCGAAAAAGGUAGAAGCUCCUACUUCAGAAUCUAUGUGGAAAAGUAGAGUGAUCAGUCGUUUUCUGAAAAUGAGUAAAAACGAUAUUUGCAAUAUGGUUAAUAAUUCGAGUCUUCGCAAGUUCGAUAUUGCAAUGAAACAUUUGGUAAAAGAAAAAAGACCUUCUCUUUCUUUAGAAAUGAGAAACACAGAAGAUGAAAAAAUGAAAGAGUACGAUAGAGAAGAAUUUAUGAAUCAAUUGAAUGCAAUGCUAGAUCCAGGUGCUGUAGUGGCUAUUACAGAUUUACCAACAGAAUUCAUUCAUCAUUUAAGUGAAGUCUUGCAGCUUGAUCCAAUGCCAUUUGAUCUUGAAUUACCUGAAACACAAAGUGCAGAUCAGAAUGAUGUUUCAAACAUAGAUACUACUAAACGUUCAAAUAAAGGAAUCACAGAAUCUGGAGAAGAUAAUUCUUUGUACAAUGGGGAAGAAUUUUCUCAUUUAUCUUUUUCACAGGAAAACGUUAAGUCAUCGAAGUCUAAUAAAUUAAAUAAGAAACAGCAACAACCAUUGUUCAAUGAAGCAGAUCUGGAUGAUAUAUUGUCAGAGGUUACGGACAAAACAAGAAAAAGUACAAAGCAAAGUAUGAUUUUAUCGCUAGUACCAGAGAAAUCUAUUAAAACAUGUAAAAGUUCUUCAUUGAUGCAACCAGCGAUAGAACCUCUAGAACGUAACACAUUUUUGCAUAUAUCUAAUAAAACAGCUGCUGAUCUUGAUGACAUUUUUUCAGCUGGAAUCGCACGGGUUAAAUCACAUGGUAAAUGCACGGAUUCGGAUACCUUCAGAUCUGAAAGGUACGAAAGAUGGAAUAGAAAAGAUCAAGAUGAUCCAGAUUCAUUCAGAAAUUUAACUAAAGAGGAAUGGGAAGCUAAGUAUGGAUCUAUAAAUUCCACAACAGGUUUAACGAUUCCACGAAAAUGUUCCUCUAACAGUGUUGACAAUCUGAGAAUAGAGACAAAAAAUAAGGAGAGGGAAAAUUAUCGUACACAGAGAUAUUGUUCAUCAGAUUCACCAAUGAGACAUUUAAGCUUAAGUCCAUCGACGCGUGAAAUUUCUCUAAGUAAAUCGAGCCUAUGUAUCAGUGAAUCAGAAGAAACACGAAGAGUUGAAUUAUCGGAGAGUAACAGUGAUUUAAGCACAACUAGUUCAAGCGACAGUGACGAGGAAAUUGUUUCUCCGAAUGUGACAAAACUGUUAAAAGUUAUUAAGGAAAAGGAAAAGAUCGCGAAGAAAAGAUCACUUAAUGAAACGAUAAGAGACGAAGUGGCUGCGGAAAUAGAAAAAAAAUGGAAGGAAAAGAGUAAAUAUAAAGAACGUAAAUCUCGUAAACGUGAAAGAAGGAAAAGAGAUAGAAAGGAGAGGCGGAAGAGAGAAAGGAAAAAACGGUGGAGCAGAAAUUCUUAUUCUGAUACUUCAAAAUCCAACGAGCACAUGGAAGAGUUCCGAUUACUCACAGAGAGUGAAAUAAAAAAGGAAGUAGUUGUCAAGGAAGAACCAGCAGUAAGUACAGUCCAGGAGAAUGUUACAUUUAAUGAUGAAAUUAAUAAUUUUUCUAUUAUUCCCACUUUGGCUAAUAAAUCAGCUAACUUAGUUUCACUAACUGAAUCUCAAAAUUCACAGAUAGAAAAACAGCAGAUGUCUCGGGUUACGUGUGACAUAACGUCGUCGCAAAAUAGGAAUAAACCAACCGUUGUUUCUAUAACGGUGCAACCAAAAACGAAGGCACAAUUAAAACAAAUGCCAGAGUUUAAUAAUAUUCAAGAGAAGCAAAUUGCAGUUACAAAAAAUAAUAUAUUAAACAUUGAGAGUAAAAGCAUGAAAGACCAAAUUGAGAAGAGGAAAAAUAAUGAAACAUCAAAGAAUAAUAGUGAACGAAUAGAUGCUGUUUCGCCUAUAAAUAAUUCUUUUCAUCAGAUUAAUGUAUCUGUAAACAUUACUGAACCGUCUACACUUAUUCAACCGCAGAUUGAAACUGUUAGUAAUAAUAAUGGUAUGAACACAAAGUUACUUAUGUGUAGCACUUCAAAUCCUAUUACUGAAGUUAAUGUAAGUAGUCAGUGUAUUGAUCAGAAAAUAGUUGCAACAGGUACUUCUGCAGUAGAGAAAAAAGGUAAUUACAAGAAAAUAGAUAUUAAAGCGUACAAAGAACGUGCGUUGCAGAAACGAUUGAAAGAGCAAGAUACAUUAAAAGAAAAUUCAAAAAAUUCUGUUUCGUUUCAUAAAACUUUGAGACAUACUUCACCGAUACACGCUACCGAGAUAAAAACGAUAGAAUUAGAUGAAAGUAAAAAGCAGUUCGGAGAUCCGCAAUUAGAUACAACUAAACCAGCAAAUAUUCCGACCAAGGAAAAUUCUAAGCAAGAAGCUAAAGAGAAAAUUAAUUUAGAGAAUAAAGAAUCUUUAGUUUCUGUACAGCCGAACAGUGUCAGUGGGUCAAGAUUAGAUAUUGAAGAAAAUAAUACGGCCCUUAAUGAUUCUGUUAAGGUUCAUAAAAAUGAUUUGAAAUCUUCUUCUCAAGAUACGGCUGUACUAUUGUCCACAAAACUACUACCGUCUACAGUCGAUUCCGCUAAAUUUAAAAACAUUCGAUCAGAAGGAGGUAAAGAAUUGAAACUAAAGAAAGAAAAGGUGAAAAAAUCUGUUGAAAAAAAGAAAAAACUGUUGACAAAAGAGAAAGAAGCAGAAAAAUGUAUAGAUAAAAAUAUUGAAGGUUCACAUAUACCAGCAAUUAUAAGUACAAGUAGUACUAAUCAAAUUACUGAAACAAGUGUAAGUUUAUCUGAAACUCAAACUUCACAUUCUGAAACAUCUUCUAAUGCAGAUGCAUUGGUAGGUGAUAGUAAACCUAAGGAAGAUAAUGUUUGUUCUAUGACAGAAGGAACCACCCGUGUUUCAUCUACCGACGAUGAUAAUGAACAAGCUACUGAUCAGAUCAAUGAAAAAAUUUCAGAAAGUUCGACAAAUUUAAAAAACAAAAAGGACGGUAUUAAAACUAACGAAGUAAGUGUAGCAACAGCUGAGCCUGUGUUACCUCUUUGUAAAAAAUUAUCAGUGAGUUUAAUUCCACUUGAGCAUACUCCACAAAUAUCCAUCGCAAAAUCUAUUACCAAAGGAGAAUGUGAAACAGGUACAAUACCUCCUCCAGAUAUCGUUAAUAAGGAAUCACUUUCUUUAUGUGAACGUGAUGACAUUAACAUUGAAAAAGAAAAUGUAACUCCUAUCACAACUGAAAAUAAUAUAACUUCAAAUAUACAAGAUACACAAGCUUUAAAAGUUGUUAAUGAGAAUGACAAUGCAAAGGAUAAUAAUGAAUCUGUGCUUCAGUUGCAAGCUGUACAAAUUGCAAGUGAUUAUGAUAAAGAACAGGAAGACAAAUCUCCGUGUAGUCCAAAGAGUCCAUUCAAAGGUUUUCGUGAGGAAUCCAUUAAGGAAAAUAUUAAUCGGGUAUCUGAACUGUAUAAUUUAAAAGUAAACGAUAAAAGUAAUGAAAAAAAUGCUGAAGAAUGUUCUGAGCAAUGGCUAGAACCACGUCUUGAUAGUAAAUCUGGUAGUGAUCAAGCUACUGACAAUGAGUCUUCUAAAAAACGAAAAAAAGACAGUGAAACAUCAGCUUGCAACUUAAUAAAACCUCAAAGUUCUACCGAAGGAGAUACUACUGAUGGAAUUAUUCAUGAUAAUUUAAACAUUAUAGAUAACACUGAGGUGGGUGGAAAAAUAUUAGAAACAGAAGAUGGUAAUAUAAUACAAGAGCAAAAUGAGCAAGAUAAAGAUAUUUCACCUAUGAUCAAUACACUCAGCCAGGAUACAUUCGACGAAACUAGUGAACCGUUUAUUGUAUUGGAUGAGUAUAUAGAUGAUGCAGAUGAAAAAUCAAUUGAGAAAUUAAAUACUCUUGAUUUAGAUCUUGAAGACUGUGUUGCAAGAGAUGCAGAUAUAUUUACGAGUCAACAUCUCGGAGAAGAAAGGUGUUCAACGAACAGCAUUAAAUCAUCGAACUUCAAUUCGAUAGAUUUCAAAGAUUUAUCAGAAGUCUUGGAUAAGAAUAAUGAUCGUGAGGAGAAUCAAGAUCAUAUCAUUUCCACAGAGGAUAAAGAGAAGUCACAAAAUUCUAAAUCAACUAAUUCUAUUAUACCAACAAUUCUAACAGAAUCUCCACAGGAUACUGAAACAAAUACUCUACAUACUAACAAUAUGUCUUUGCAUGAUUCCGUAAGAUCGGUAACACCUAAAUUAUCACUUAGAGAAUCAAGAACUAUAGAAGAUGUUCAUACAAUUAAUAUACCAGAAAAUAAUUCUCAACUUAAUUUAAAAUGUUUCAACGUAAUAAGAUCAAGAACUACAUCCGCUAAAAGUGAAACCUCGCUGAAGUUAAAUGUUCCAACAAAAACUGCUUUAAGAAAAUCAUUAGAAAAUCUAUCCAUAGUUGGUACAUCGUUGUCUGAAACGAAUGUUGAGUUUUUAAAAUCGAAUAAAGAAACAAAUAGCAGCGAACAAAAGGAUAGUCUUGUAGAUAAAUCGAUUUCAAAAACUUUAAGCAAAUCAAACCAAAGAGAAGAGAAUGAUGCAUUGCAUAAUGUAAAAAAUAAGUCUAAAAUGAAACAUAAAAAACGAAAGAAGCGUGAUGUGUCAGAAAAGAUGAUAAAAGAAGCAGUGAACUCGGAUGUUGUGGAAGUUAAACAUCCAAACACGAAAGAAACCAUCCUAGCUAGAAUGAUCGAGAUUGAUGUUGAGAUUCAUAAAUUAAUGACGGAGAAAAUGACUCUAUACCAGAUGCUGACAAACGAUACUUUACCAACCGAGAAUAAUUUGCAACAAAAUAAUGUAGUACAUGAAAACAAAGUGGAAACAUCGUCUGUGUUAAUGUCACAUUUAAUACAGAAUCUUGAACCUAGUCCUGUAACAAAUCAGUGUGCCAAAAGAAGUAUAGAAACUGUAUCCGUAAAGGACAUCACGGUUAAUUCUGUACAAUCAAAUGUAUCUAAAAUACCAAAUAAACGGGAACAUCGUGCGGAGAAAAAGGGAAAUUGUACUUCCACUUGUGAUUCUGACGAAGAAGAGAUCAUAAAUACCGAAGGUAAGAAAUCAUCAACUUCUAACAAAAAGAAAAAGCAUAGAUCUGAAAGGACAACUAAAAAAUUGGAAAACAAAUUAGACAGUAAUGUAUGUGUGAGUGAUUUAUCAGAGUCAAUUGCAGAAAAGAGACAAGCUAAUGGAAUUAAAUCGUCAUCUAAGAAAAUCAUUGCGAAACAAGUAACAACAGAACAUAAGUCUAGUCAUAAUUCAAUAAAUGAGAUUAAAUCUCAAGAAGAUUCUAAUGGAAAACCUGUACAACAAAUUAAUAAAGAAGAUUCAUCUAGCGAUACUAAAGUGGAGAUAGAUCUUAAUAAAGAAGGUGGAAAAGCUGUUGAAUCUACAGAAUUGUCAAAAGAUGAAGAGAACUGUUCGGUAAAAAAUAAUGAGAAUACAACAGAAAUUUCAAAUAAGAAGUAUAUACGUUUAAAUUCAGCAAUAAAGCCAUUAGAGAACAAACCAUUGGAGAGGCCAUUAAUAUAUUCUGAUGAUAGUACUUGGGAUUCUGUUCUUCAGAAUUCAAGUGUACGUAAUCAAAAGAAAUCAAAUACAGGGCUUGCCCUUUUGGAGGAAACAUACAAGAAAGAAAUGGCGAAAACGCGAAAAAUAAGAGUUGAAACGCGAAAGAAGAAAAAGAGAAAAAUACAAAGUGUACCGGAGGCUGUCGGUAGUUUAACUCCUGAAGAAGAGGAAUUAUCAUUAUCCGCACUGCGUUACACAAAAAAGUUACACAAAAAGAAAAAACUACUUAAUUCCCGAGAUCAACGACUAGAAGAAACAAAUACUGAUCAACAGCUUUGGAGAAAUGUUGUUGAAGUAAUCAAUGCUGUGGCAGAAAACAGAGCAGAACAGUUUCAUGUAGAAGGAUCAGAGAGACAAUCAAGUGGUGAUACUGGAGAUAUUGUACCUGACAUAACUGAUGUAGAAAGAGAUUCAAAAUCAAAAUCGUUAGAAGGAAGAGAAGAUAAUGCAAGUAACGAUCUUAACAAAGACAAUUUACAAUCAACAUUAUGCUAUGAGGAGCCAAUUCAACAAAAUUUGGAGAACAGUGUAACAUCAAAGAGUGUAAGCAAUUUGUUUGAAACGCCCAUAUCUAACAACAUGUCUGAAGAAAUUAUGACAGAACCCGUUGUACAAGAAAGUUUGGAAAAUAAUAGCAUAGAAAUUGAAGAUUCAAAUACAGAAAAUGAACAUAACAUCAAUAAUAUCUCAGAUGUUACAAAAACAGUCCUAUAUGAAGAAAAAGCAGAUAAAGUUGAAGAAUUAAAUUUACAAAAGGAAGAUGUUAAUAUUAAUACGAAUCUUGUAACAAAGGAACUUUCUGAUAGUCUACAAAUGCCUGUAGCUGAGAUUCCUUAUAAUUCAAAAGAAGAUUUUAAUAUCACAGUAAACAAAAAUAAACCGAAUGAUUCUUCAGUUUCCCAAAAAAAGGAUGAUGUGAAUAUUACCUCUCAAGAAUUUAAUGACAUGUCCCAAGAUGAAGACAUUAUAAAUCUUAAAGAACAGAAAGAUAUGCAAAAAGUAAAAGUUUCUAAUGAAGAAAAUAACAAGAAUUGGGCGUCCGUUUCUCUUCAUGCAAACAGCGCAGAAACAUUGAAAAGUGGAGGAACAUUAAGUAAAAGGCCGUCUAAACGUAAAAGAGGAAGCAGCAAACCUCCUGUGCGAAGAAGUUCGAGGUAUACGGAAGAAAUCACAAAACAUAUAAAAUUGGAAACUGAUCUUCCAGAUAUUGACCAAGAGCUACAGGAUAAACAACAAAUGACAUUACCCGGUAUAUCACAUACAUUGUUGUCUGAAAAAGAAGCUGAAAAUACACCAUCAAGUACUAAAAAAUCCAAGCCUCAAAAAUUAGUAUUAAAUAGGAAAAAAUAUAAAUGUGAACCUCCAGAAGUUGAGAUCCUCUCUGAACAACCAAUUUUAACUGAUAAACCAGUGAAAGAAAUUAAAAAACGCAAACAGUAUACAACCACAGAAAUGACAAGUUGUGAAGUAAGAUUAGCAGACUGCAAGCAUACAAUUUUAAAUCCAGAUGUAAGUCCUGAUGUAUUACAGAGGUAUGGGAUCUCUAAAAUUAAUUCCUGUACAUACUUCAAUUCAACUCAUGUAGAUUCUGUGCUAAAUGCUAUGCAAUUAACAUCAAUUAAAAAUUUGCCAAGUGUAUGUAAUAAACGAAAAAUUUCAAUGACUGAAUGUCCACAAAGUGAAUCAUCAAAAUUGAACAGAUCUAAAAGCUCACAACCUUUCAAUAAUGAAAUAAAUUUAAUUAACGUUGAGGACGAUAAUGCAGAACAUACAAAUCCCGAUAUCGAUGUUAUGCCAUCUUUAACAAAAGAGCCAGUUACACUAAAUAUUUCACAAGAUUGUGAAAAUCCAGAUAUUGAAAUUGUGGAAGAAAAGAAAACUUCUACUACAAACCAACAGUAUAGUAAUUCUGAGUCAACACUGACUGUGAUAGAUACGAACGAUGAUAAAGAAUUACCAAGGACACAAUAUACAGUCCACAAAGGUCCUAUAUUAGAUAUUAAGGUUUUUGAGAAUUCAUUCCUAGCUGCAAGUGAAGAUGGCAGAAUAUAUAGGUACAAUCAAGCAUCUAAUGGAAUAUUAAACAUCUAUAAAGGUCAUAAAGCAGCAGUAACUUGUUUAUAUGUAUAUAAAACAACCAAUACAGAUAUUAGUAAAGAAUGGAUGUUUUCUGGUUCACUGGAUGGAACUUUAAGAUGUUAUAAUAUCACGACUGGAGCACAAGUAAGAGAUACAGCAGACAUAGGUAGCCCCGUACAGUGUAUGGAUGAAGCAUGGGGGAUGAUUUUCAUUGGUACCAAGUCUGGUCACGUAUCCCGCUACCACAUAAAGUUAGGUGUUAUCAAAGGAGACAGUAUACAGUUUUCAGAUAAAUCUGUACUAGCUUUAAAAGCAACCAACGAGGGUCCACGAAAAGUUCUUAUUGUAGCAUCACGGAGUCAACCGAUAACUAUACGAGAUGCUCAAAACGGCCUAUUUCUUCGCACAAUUUGUGGCCAAAAGAGUCAUACAGUGUAUAGUUUAAUGCGUGAUAAUAAUCUAAUUUAUUGUGGAACUAGUAGCACAUCUAUACCUGUCUUUGAUUUUACAAAUGGUGAACAAAGAUUACAGUAUGAUGCAGGAGUAGGAAUCGUUUGUAUGCGCCUAUACAGAGAUUUACUGUUUGCCGGUUGUUACGACGGAAAUAUUUAUGUAUUUAAUACAAAGGAUCACCGACUUGUGUGUAGCAUACCUGGACCAGGCAAUAUGUUAUUAAGUAUGGAAAUUAUAGACAAUAAGAUCAUAGCUGGUAGCAAAGACAAACGUUUGCAAUCAUGGCAAAUGCCACUACAAGUGCGGAUUUUGUUAUAGGUGAACCAAAUUUGUACUAAUACAUCUUAGUCUAGUCGUGCUCCUAAGACAAAAAGUAUUGAAUUACUUUGGAGUACAGUAAACUUCUAUAAAAUAAUUGUACAAAUUAAGAGAACUAGAUUUAUAUGUAUAUACACCUAUAAUAUAUAUAUAUACAUAACUUAUUUACAAAACAAUGCACAUAAAUAAUAUAAAUACGUUUGUACAGACAAUUAAAUUAUUGGUAUUGUGAUGAGAUCGAAAUAUUUACAAUACACUAGAGAAAUGUACUAGAUUUUUGUCUGUAAAAAGCGAUGAAAGAAAAAAGUAUUUAUUCGAUUUUAUAAACUCGCGCUGCUGAGGACAAACCUCCUGUGCCUUGUGCGCGUUAUCAAAUCUUUUUUUUUGGUAUUAUCAAAUAAAAAUACAUAUAAACGAUACCUAAAUGAGACUAAAAAUUGCACUUUAUAAUUCAAAAUUCUGUAACCUUUGCACUUAAUUUUGUUUCUUUGUAUGUGUUAUAAAAUAUAUUUAUAUUAGAAUGUAUUUCAAUAUAGUAUUGCAUACUUAAUUAAACAGUAACACAAUAAAUGCAAAUGCUGAUAUUAUAAUUUAUAUGUUAUAUUAAGUUUUCAGACUAUUAACUUUUUAUACACUGCUUAAUAAGUGCAAAGGAUUGAAAAUGCUUAGUACUAAUAUAGUAACAUUUCAAUAACGUUAAUAAGACAUAUGUAUCUGAGUUUAUUGAUAAAUUGCAUAUCUUACCAAAUAGUCAUUGUUGCAGUUUUCUCACUAUCAAUAAUUAUUCUUUCUGCAUUCAUUCUUUUUUGAUAAUAUGCAUAUAUGUAUCUUGUUCUGUACAUGUUACUUUAAAUUGUUAUUCAUUUUGUAACUUUAAUGCAUUAGCCAUGUUUUGUUGAUUUUUUAGUACCGAAUUUAUUUAAUAUUGUUUUCUAAUUUGUUAAUAGAAAAAAGAAAGAUGUGUAUCCUCUUGAUAGAAUGGACAAAUAAUCUUAAAAUGUGAUUGUGAUGAAAUGUAUAUGUUAAGGUAAUCUGUGUAUAUUAUACAUCACAUGAAAUAUAUAAUUUUUAGAGGGAAAUAAAAUUUGUAGAGGAAUUAUAUACCAUUCCGUAUUUUACCAUGUACUUCACCUAUAACAUAUAAUAUUACAUCCAAUAUGCAUUGUAUUUGUAAAAUUAUAUAUAAAUUGAUAAUUAAACAA